CAGGAUGGAGGGGGAGCCCCCCCAGUCUCCCAAUGGCAGCUGGCCCCCAAGUCAGAAUGAGAGUAACAUGGAGGCUGCCCUGGCUGUAAACCUCACCUUCUCCUCCUACUACCAGCACUCCUCACCGGUGGCGGCCAUGUUCAUCGUGGCCUACCUGCUCAUCUUCCUGCUCUGCAUGGUGGGCAAUGCCCUGGUCUGCUUCAUUGUGCUUAAGAACCGGCACAUGCGCACUGUCACCAACAUGUUCAUCCUCAACCUGGCUGUCAGUGACCUGCUGGUGGGUAUCUUCUGCAUGCCUACCACCCUCGUGGACAACCUCAUCACAGGGUGGCCCUUCGACAAUGCCACGUGCAAGAUGAGCGGCUUGGUGCAAGGCAUGUCUGUGUCGGCUUCUGUGUUCACACUGGUAGCCAUCGCCGUAGAAAGGUUCCGCUGCAUCGUGCACCCUUUCCGGGAGAAGCUGACCCUGCGGAAGGCGCUGGUUACCAUCGCAGUCAUAUGGGCCCUGGCGCUGCUCAUCAUGUGUCCCUCGGCAGUCACGCUGACCGUGACGCGCGAGGAACACCACUUCAUGGUGGACGCGAGCAACCGCUCCUAUCCUCUCUACUCGUGCUGGGAGGCCUGGCCCGAGAAGGGCAUGCGCAAGGUCUACACCGCCGCGCUCUUCGCACACAUCUACCUGGCACCGCUGGCGCUCAUCGUGGUCAUGUACGCCCGCAUUGCGCGCAAGCUCUGCAAGGCCGCGGGCCCGGCUAGCGACGGCGAGGAGGCGGCCACUGAGGGCAGGCGGGCGUCGCGGCGCAAGGCGCGCGUGGUGCACAUGCUGGUCAUGGUGGCGCUGUUCUUCACGCUGUCCUGGCUGCCACUCUGGGCGCUGCUGCUGCUCGUGGACUACGCUCAGCUCAGCGAGCCACAGCUGCACCUGCUGUCCGUCUACGCCUUCCCCCUGGCGCACUGGCUGGCCUUCUUCCACAGCAGCGCCAACCCCAUCAUCUACGGCUACUUCAAUGAGAACUUCCGCCGCGGCUUCCAGGCCGCCUUCCGCGCCCAGCUCUGCGUGUUGCCCUGCGGCGGGCACCACGGAGCUGCCUACUCCGAGCGGCCUGCCGGGCUCCUGCGCAGGCGGGUCUUGGUGGAGGUUCAGCCCAGCGACUCGGGCCUGCCCUCAGAGUCGGGCACCAGCAGUGGGGCCCCCAGACCGGGCCGCUUCCCACUGCGCAACGGGCGGGUGGCCCACCAGGGCUUACCUGGGGAGAGGCCGGGCUGCUCCCCUCUGCCCCCUACCAUGCCAGCCUGGAGCGUCUGA